GCCAUUGUGUGCGGGCAGGUGAAACGGUGAGUUCGAACUGAGAAAUAGAAAGAACGUUCAAGUACUUCUGGUUCUGCAACUCUUUUUUCACUUGCACUUCCACUCUUUCCCCUGACCGGAUCUAACCACGACAACCUCUACUGCCACUGAUAUCUCGUCGACGUGAACACUUAAACCUCAAUCCAUUCGACUACCAGCGCAAGUUCAGCAGCUUCCAACGCAUUUUCCUCCGCAACAGCCCUGGCCACUGGAAACGGUCCAAGCAAAGGCAUGUCGACCACCGGCAUUGUCUUUACAUCCGCCGCCGUCAUCGUUACCCUCCUAGCUCUCGCCCUCGCAACAAUCUACUUCACAGGCUACGCCGAUGAUGCAGCAGAAUGGUUCGCCAAGCGCUACUACAAGGCCAAGGCCAUCGCCGAGGUGAAAGUCCUCGAAAACGCCGGGAGCGAUGAGCUCCAGGGUGCGCUCAAGGACUCGCUGAAGAAGAAUCCCAUCCUGGGUGAGGGUGAGCUUGACAGCAUCUCUGGCGGAUUAGGCAAGGAGGCGGCGCAGCAGGGUUUGGGCGGUGUCAGCGACAAGCUUGGUGGAUUGGGAAAGUUUUAGAAACCUACCAUCUUGUGCCUCGACGAGGGUUCACUUUGCCACCGCAACGACUUGUCUAAAACGAACUGGCAUGGAUCUACUCUAGCAGCUUCGGCGAUCGACGACACGAACAUGGAGGUCUUCGUGAGAAUGGCAUGGAGCUCUACCCUAUGAGCUCGACGACGACAUGAGCACACAAAAACUCGUGAAAACUGAGCG